CAGCACCCAGCGAGUAUACUACUCGAUUGUCGAGCUACCACGAUCUCUAUUUCCAAACGUUGUGUUACGAGGAACCAGCUCCAUACAACGCUGGUUGGAGACAAGAAGCUUCGUGUUGAGCCGGGGGACAACCAAAUUAUUGAAACCAAAGUGGAAGUAUACCAAUCGCGACAGAAGAUUGCCGGCGUGGACAAGCCACAGAUCGACUGGAGUGGCCGGCGAAUCGAAGGAACAGGAUAA